GUAUCCCUUGUUAAAAAGAUUUAUUAUAUAGAAACCAACCAACACUAUCAUAUCCCACCCACAGCUCCAUGAUAUAAUACAUUCAACAAGUUUAAGAAGCCAUUCAGAAAAACCUAAGUUGGUCUAUUAAUUUCAGACAAACCCAUCCACCCUAGUCCCUCCCCUCAAAAAAAAAAUGUCUCUCUAUCCUUCAGUGCUGUUUGUCCUACUAGUGACAAUGGCGGCCGCAGAGACUCUCCGACCAGGGUUUUACGCUCAAACAUGUCCAGAAGCGGAAGCGAUAGUGAGAUAUGAGAUGAUGAAGGCCAUGAUUAGGGAACCGAGAAGCGUUGCCUCCGUCAUGCGCUUUCAGUUCCACGAUUGUUUCGUUAAUGGUUGUGAUGCUUCUUUGCUGCUAGAUGAUACGCCAAACAUGCUUGGGGAAAAACUAGCUCUUUCCAAUAUAAAUUCGCUAAGAUCAUUCGAGGUUGUGGAUGAGGUGAAGGAAGCCUUGGAGAAGGCUUGUCCGGGCGUCGUUUCUUGUGCGGAUGUCAUAAUCAUGGCCGCCAGAGAUGCUGUUGCUCUCGCAGGGGGGCCCGACUGGGUGGUGAGGCUAGGAAGAAAAGAUAGCUUGACAGCCAGUCAAGAGGAUUCCGACAACAUAAUGCCAAGCCCAAGAGCUAACGCAACUUCUCUCAUCGAUCUCUUCACCAAAUUCAAUCUAUCCGUCAAGGAUCUGGUAGCCCUCUCAGGCUCACACUCCAUUGGAGAAGCAAGGUGUUUCUCAAUCAUGUUCAGGCUCUACAACCAAUCAGGCUCCGGCAAGCCUGACCCUGCCAUCGAACCAUGGUUUAGAGAAAAGCUUGACAAGCUUUGCCCACUUGGUGGAGAUGAGAAUGUGACCGGAGAUCUGGAUGCAACACCCAAGCUGUUCGAUAACCAGUAUUUCAAGGACUUGGUUGCAGGGAGAGGGUUUCUGAAUUCGGAUCAAACCCUGUUCACAUUCCCACAGACCAGAGAGUAUGUGAAGCUAUUUAGCAAGGAUGAAAACGAGUUUUUCAAGGCAUUCGUAGAAGGAAUGUUGAAGAUGGGUGAGUUGCAGUCGGGGAAGGGUGGUGAGAUAAGAACCAAUUGCAGGGUGGUGAAUAGUCAGGCUUUGGAUGUAUAACUGGAAUCUUGAAGGAGGUACUUUGAUUGUGUACUUGAAGCUGCUAUUAAUAGAUUAUAAAAUUUCAAUGAGAACUGAGAUUAUGACGGACAUUAAUGAAAAUGAACUUGAAAUAGGGAAUUAUGCAAA